AUGUUUCAAGAUGCAAGCGACAAUGAACAUACAAAGAAAGAGGAGAUUGACAGCCCUCUUUCGGUAGACGACCUCGCACCUUCCUUCGCACCUUCCAUAGCACCUUCCAUACUUAAUCACGUUUCGCCACUGCCGUCUCUUCAGAUUCGCACCGAUCUACCCAGUAUUCGACCGUCCAGCUCGCGAGAAUCCGAUCCUUAUGCUUCGACCAGUUUUUCCGGAAGCUAUCCAAACCGCACCCCGAGCCUUCGUGCCCUCAUCGCACCACCUACAUACAGUGGUUCCUUGUCCCCGGCAUCCAUCAUGUCCUCGCCUCAAUUGAAUGCGAUGGGUGACAUAACUCCAUUGCCAUCGCCAAUUGGAGGAGCUUCCCCGUGGCGGAAAGGUGAUUUACCGUCGUUAUCUCGUUCUUCGUCGAUAGCGUCGCGCAACGGCUCCAGUCUUCGCCUGAGCGAUUCGUCACAAAUGCUUGGGCCCCCCGUCAUGCCCCGUUCGCGCGCCAAACCAUACACUGGAAUUGAUGGCCAAGGGGAAGAGUCAUUCGUGAAUAAUUGGCAUCGUCGCGACUCGUCCUCAAAGCAUUCUCAUUCUCGGAAUCGCAGUCUGAGUGACUAUGCACCACCACCCGGCCGGGUCUCUGUUCCUCCCCGUCCGAUUGCAGUGCAAGGGAAUACUGGGCUUGGGAUCGCCCCGUCGUCGAGCAUAGAUUCGAAGUCCAAUGGACUUCAUCGCGAACAAUAUCUCGCUGUCUACCGAGGUAUCGCAUUGCCGACCGUUCGUCCUCCCAGCCCGCCUCGCAGCAGUGGCAGUGGAUACAGUGACAAUGAACCCGUUAUCCGUUACCCCGCCCCUCUGUCCGCGUCUCAGGAUAUCUAUUCCGUCCGGUCGGUCCGUACAGAGCAGGCCCGUAUCUACCAGAAAGUCCGGACAUUGGGCCAGGGCACAUUCAGUCAGGUCAGUUUGGCAGCACGUGUGGAACCUUUCCCCGGGAUGCCUUUGUCGCCGGAUGGUGAUGGAGCUGGCACAUUCCACGGGUUUGUCAACAAUCAGAAGCUGGUCGCAGUCAAAAUCAUCGAACAUGGACCCGCUGGAGGCGCGGAUGAGGGCCGACUGGAAAUAUCACUCAAGCGCGAAGUAGAAAUCUUGAAGUCGGUCAACCAUCCGUCCCUUGUCCAACUGAAAGCAUUCGGCAGCGAUGAAAAGCGUGCUUUGUUGGUUUUGGACUAUUGUCCUGGUGGAGAUUUGUUCGAGUUUGCCACAUCAGGAGCUCGUAUGUCCGCGGAUUUGAUCCGGCGCAUUUUUGCCGAAUUGGUUGAUGCUGUGCGUUAUCUGCAUGCUCAUUACAUCGUUCACCGAGACAUCAAGUUAGAAAACGUUCUGCUUACCAUGCCCGCUCAUGUUAUGGAUGAUGUGCAAGACUGGCGUACCUACGACCGCGCCGUCGUCACCCUCAGUGAUCUCGGCCUGUCUCGACGUAUCCCUGAACCACCAGAGAGUCCGCUCCUGCAGACCCGGUGUGGAAGCGAAGACUACGCAGCCCCCGAAAUUCUGAUGGGCCAGGCUUACGACGGCCGCUCCACUGACGCCUGGGCACUCGGUGUUCUACUCUAUGCCAUCAUGGAGAAUCGGUUACCCUUCGAUGUUCUGCCUGGCACUCGAGGAGAUCCUGCCAAACUUCGUGCCCGGACUCCGCAUCGUAUCGCACGGUGUGAAUGGGCUUGGUAUAGAUAUGCCGACGAGGACGAGGAAUGGGACCCCGAAAAGGGCAAAGGACUCGAAGGGGCCCGUGACUGUGUGGAAGGUCUUCUCAAGCGCAACACAAAACGCAAGACCCUUGAUGAGAUUGCUGCUAUGGAUUGGGUGCGUGAUGCUAUCAAUGUACCCGGUGGUUUGAAAAGAGGCGACAAAGAAGUGCCAUAG